GGGCUUCGAAGUUCCGUGGACUCAGACGCAGCUAUUCUCCCUUCGCUUGGUGUCUCGCCGCAGCCUCCGGCGGAGACGGACCCCUACUUGUUCUGUCAGAAAAAUGUCUGAUCCCGCUCAGCCACCCACCCAGGGGGAAGAAGGGGCAGCUCCAGGUGGGGCUGCCCCUGGCCCUUCUCCUAACACGACCAGUAACAGACGACUACAGCAAACCCAGGCACAAGUGGAGGAGGUUGUGGACAUCAUACGUGUGAAUGUGGACAAGGUCCUGGAGAGGGACCAGAAGCUGUUGGAGCUGGAUGACCGAGCUGAUGCCUUGCAGGCUGGAGCGUCACAAUUUGAGAGCAGUGCUGCCAAGCUAAAGAGGAAGUAUUGGUGGAAAAACUGCAAGAUGAUGAUCAUGCUGGGAGCCAUCUGUGCCAUCAUCGUGGUAGUUAUUGUAAGGCAGGACUGAAGAGCUAGAAGAAAGCAGUCACUGUGCCCUCCCAGCAGCCCCCUUGAAGGUCUCCACUCUCCUCCUGGGCUCCUCCUUGCCUAAUGCAGGGGGUCACCGCUGGAGAAGAACCACCACUGUCCUCGAUGUGUCCCAAGCCUGGAGCAAAUCCACCCUCUUGGCCCACUCAGUCCUGUUAUAAGAAUUAUUUCCUGGUGUCUGUCCCUCUAAGGCUUGCAAGAAAGAAAGAGUUGGCUUUGUUCUUUUGGGGAUAUUAGCCCUUCUACUUUCUUUCUCACCUCACCCUGUGCCCUCUUUGUGUCUUUGCUCUCCCCCUUCCCUCCCACCACCCAUGUGCAUGAGCAAAUAUGCAACUAAACCCUGGGACUUUGCAGUCAAAUGGAGCUGAGUGUCCCACAUCCCCUUUUUCUUCGGUUUGCCACGUGCCGAUGUGCGGUUUCCACUGUGUGUCUGUCAUCACCUCUUGUCUUUUUUCCUAACCUUGAUCUCAUACUUGUAUACAGUAAUAACAGUUGUGCUUCCACCAAAGGCAUGUGGCAUAUUUACCAAUUCCAUGUAUUCUGAAUGAAGGCAAAAAAUACAAAUUCCUACCA